CUACGUCUCCCUGGCCACUCUCUGUCAUGUAAUGUGAUAUAGAGUGGUGGGGUUAAUCUUGCUGUGAUUUGGAAUGUAUACGUUGGGACACUUCUUCCUUUGGACUUGUUGCGCUGUUUUUCCGGACCGUUGAGGGCUGUGGCUGAGGAUGUGGAAAUGUUACAGAUCUCUGCAGGUUGUGGAGGACCUGAGAACCAGAUGCAGUGUUUGGCCUUUAGCGGUAUUUCACAUGAACAGUUUUCGAUUGGACCGUCUCCAGGUUUUGUCUGCUAAGAGACUGCUCUUCUAAUAACUCUCUCUUUGACAUUUUGAUGGAUUGAAAAGAAUCGGACACAUUUUUUCCAGUGUUCUUUUCAUUUAGUAGUCCACCAAAUAUUUCCCUUUUUCUCUUAUUCGUUUUCAUAGUUUAUUUAAAUUUUUCCUUCUACCCCUUACUCCUGUCUAGUUUUUGUUUUGAGAUUAUAAUCUGUUUAGGUAUUCAGGGUUGUGUUUAGCCACUAGACUGAUGGGGUCUUUUCAUCCAGUGAAAACUGGGAGAACCAUCAGUUUAAAUCACUGUAGCAUACUUUUGGUCAACGCAUGCUUGGCUGCCGCAUAGCUGCUAUUUUAAUAAUUUGGCCUGUGAACAAUCUAUUCAGUUUUUUUAUUCUUUGUUUUUUCUGACCGAUUGAAAACAAAGACAUUUUCUUUACCUCUUGGCUGAGUCGGUCUUACUCUGUGUACCUCUGGUAGAGGGGACAAUUUGCAAACGACACUCAAACGAAAACUAUGUCCAGUGACCUUUGCCCCCUGCCCCCCAUGGCUUUGGAGGCUUGCCCCCUGAGCGGGGCAGAGAGAGCGGUGUGUCGGCUGGUCCACCAAGGGCCCCGGCCCCAGGCGGCCCUGAAGCCUGUACGCAUUGAGCUGCAGACCUAUGUGGCGAGAACCCGGAAAAAGCGGAAGAUCAGGAUGGAGGCGUCCUGCCUGGAGCUGGCGCUGGAGGGGGAGAGGCUGUGCAAGGCGGGGGACUUCAAGGGCGGGACAGCCUUCUUCGAGGCGGCCGUGCAGGUGGGCACGGAGGACCUGAAGACCCUCAGCGCCAUCUACAGCCAGCUGGGCAACGCCUACUUCUACCUGAAGGAGUACGGGAAGGCCCUGGAGUACCACAAGCACGACCUCACCCUGGCCAGGACGAUAGGGGACAGGAUAGGGGAGGGGAAAGCCAGCGGUAACCUUGGCAACACGUUGAAAGUGUUGGGGCGCUUCGACGAGGCGGCCGUGUGCUGCCAGAGACACCUGGACAUCUCCCAGGAGCAAGGGGACAAGGUGGGCGAGGCCAGGGCUCUGUACAACAUCGGCAAUGUGUUCCACGCCAAGGGCAAGCAGCAGCUGUGGGGCUGCACCCUGGAGCCGGGAGAGCUGCCCCCCGAGGUCCACGACACCCUGCAGAAGGCCACCGGCUUCUACGAGAAGAACCUGGGCCUGGUCAAAGAGCUGGGCGACCGCGCCGCCCAGGGAAGGGCCUAUGGUAACCUUGGCAACACGCAUUACCUGCUCGGGAACUUCGUGGAAGCCAUCAAGUUCCAUCGACAGAGGCUGUCCAUUGCCAAAGAAUUUGGUGACAAAGCAGCAGAGCGCAGAGCCUACAGUAACCUUGGCAACGCUCUCAUAUUCUUGGGCCAGUUCAACACUGCCACGGAGUACUAUAGGAAAACCCUGCAGCUGUCCCGGCAGCUGCGGGACCAGGUGAUGGAGGCGCAGGCCUGCUACAGCCUGGGCAACACCUUCACCCUGCUGCAGCAGUACGAGAGGGCCAUCGACUACCACCUCAAGCACCUGCUCAUCGCCCAGGAGCUCACGGACCGGGUGGGCGAGGGUCGAGCCUGCUGGAGCCUGGGGAACGCCUACGUGUCUUUAGCCAAUCACAGACAAGCUCUCCACUAUGCCAGGAGGCACCUGGACAUAUCCAAAGAGAUCGGGGACAGGAACGGGGAGCUGACUGCCAGGAUGAACGUGGAGCAGCUGAUGGAGGUGCUGGGGGUGACCGAGACUGACCUUUCACCCUGCAGCUCAGAGUUCGAGAUCCAGGGGGCGCGCCCCAAGUUCACCAAGCGAAACAGCAUGGACAGUGUGGAGUUGUGGAAGUACUCGGAUAAGAACGGAGACAGCCAGGACCUAGACAGCAUAUCCCGGAGAUCCAAGAGUCAGCUGUCCCAGCCGGGCCCCAGGACUGGCUAUCCCGACAGUCAAUCAUCAGACGACAGGCCAUGGGCCGACUCUCCUGUUGACACCGAUGACAUCACCGUGCAAGUCCCGCCCCCAAAGUUGGGUCGAGAGCCCUCUGAUGAGGACUGCUUCUUCGACCUGCUCAGCAAGUUCCAGAGCAGCCGCAUGGACGACCAGCGCUGCGACCUCGACGAGGCCCCCGACGGCGCGGACGCCGCCGACGCCGUGACGGACCCCUCCCAAAACACGUCCCCCCAGACGGAGGAGCUCUUCGACCUGAUCGCCAGCACCCAGAGCCGCCGCCUUGACGACCAGCGGGUUAACGUGGGCAACCUGCCGGGUCUCAGAAUAACCCAUAAUAAUCUGGGCCACCUUGUCGGCGAGGGGGACCCCCAGGAGCCCAGCGACGACUUCUUCAACAUGCUCAUCAAGUGCCAGUCGGCCCGGAUCGACGACCAGCGGUGCUCCCCCCCGGAGGCGGGCCCCCACGCGCCCACGGUGCCCGACGAGGACUUCUUCAGCCUCAUCCAGCGGGUGCAGGCCAAGCGCAUGGACGAGCAGCGGGUGCACCUGCACGGGGACGACGAGGACUCCCCCGAGCCCUCCGGGGCCGAAUCCAGUUAGUCUCCGGACUCUUGAGUGUCGCGCGUCGAGGGCCCGUGGCGCGGUCGUACAUGACGACAAACUGAGCGCGAAGUUCGGAUCGUGUCAGAGAAUCGUGUUGUUUUUUUAUUUUAGGUGAAGGGGGGCGGGGCGUGUGAGUGAGUGACAGAUCGUAAUGUGCAAUAGUCGGCUCGGUGUAUGAAAGGUGCUGGUGGUGAGAUUUUAGAGCUAUGAUUUGAGUGUUAUCCGUCGUAGCCAUCCUUCAGCUGUUUGUGAGUGAAACGCUCUGAGGAUAUCUGUUCCGGUCGGCUGCGCCUGCCCUUCGUAGGGGAUCGCUUUGGUUUCCGACCAAUCAGGGAUUCUCUUCCCUGAUUGGCUCAGGCAGUCCGUCUUUCCUGUCGGUUCACAUUCGCGGACACGCCGUUAUCUCUAUGGGUGAAAGAUGUAGGGUUCUGCUUCCUCUCUUUACAACUCUCAGAUAGUACCUUAUAACACCUUAUUUAGCACCAGGUGAGACGUUGAUUAGCCGAAAUCUGUCCACUUGUGACAUCACGAGUGGGAGUGUCAUUCCGGACAUAUGAUUGGUUGAUGACCUCAAGACUACCAGUUGGGACGGUCCACCAUGGGGAUGACUGGAGUUUAACCUUUUCAUCGCAAAAAAUAAUGUCAAUGCAUUUUGGGGUGUCUGCAAAUAUUUAACACAUAGGAAAGUGAUUAUGUGGACAGAGAUAUUUACCCAGUUUAAUGCCUUAAUCAGUCUGUUUUUUCCUGGAAUCGGAUUGUAUUCCCGCGUCAAACGUCUUGUGAUUCCGUGGCGCAUGAUAAGCAUAUAACUUGAAGGAAUACUCGUUGAGAUUUUUUUUUUUAUUCGUGUAUGCAGUAUUAGGGAUAAUGAAUAUCCAUGUUUCCACCAACUGCCUCUUAAAAUUGGCACAUAUGUGAUAAGUCAGGUUUUUUCUCAUUGGCUUUGUUGAUAGGAUAGAGAUAAGAACAUAAUUUGGCGUUGUCAUUUAAAGUAGAUUAAACCAUCCAAGUAGUUUUAUUUAAUAUAUUCUGAAGGUUAACCAGAUGUAUUUAGCAAAAAAAAAAACGUCAGACUAGGUAUUUAUUUUAUAGAUUUGGUGAGAUUAUUGUAUUUUUUUUGCAAAUUAAACAAAUAUAAAUGAGCAGAUUGAAUAGUGGUGCCCUGAACCAUAGGGAACAAACGCCAACUAUCCGCUCUGUUAUAUCUGUUCUGUUGCUAUUGCGCCACCCUGUGGUUAAAAACCACUAUUAAUAAUAAUAAUGAAUAAAGCUAUAGAAAUCCAAUAUAGGCAAUGAUGGAAUUCCCUUUCCAUCUAUAUGUUGGCAGUUUAAGUUGUGAUUAUGAUAAUAAUAAUAAUAAUAAAUAUGCGCUUUGGUUUAUGUGCUUA